AUGUCUCGAUCCCGCCAUGCAAGGCCUUCCAGACUAAUCAGGAGGGAAGAUCUAAACAGAAAGAAAAGCAGCCAACUGAAGAAGACAUCUAAGCUAGCCAAUAAAAAUGUGGCAUCAGUCAAGACUGUGAGCCCUGGAAAAGGAGUAAAGCAAUUAAUUCAAGAAAGAGAUGUUAAGAAAAAAAUAGAACCCAAAACACCUAUGCCAGUCAGAAGCCUUCUGACAAGAGCUGGAGCGGCACGAAUGAAUUUGGAUAGGACUGAGGUUCUUUUUCAGAACCCAGAAUCCUUAACUUGCAAUGGGUUUACAAUGGCUCUCCGAAGUACCUCUCUUAGCAGACGACUCUCCCAACCUCCAGUGAUCAUAGCCAAACCUAAGAAAAUUCCACCUGCUAAGCAUUUAGAAAAGCAACAUGAAUGUGAUUGUAAUGUAGUUACUGACAAAGGAGUGAAACACUCAGAAAAUGAUUCAAUUCCAACCCAAGUUCCCCUAAUUGCUCCUGAUACAGAGAAUCUAAUUGGUGUACAAAAUGCAUCUUUAAUUGAAGGUGAGAGCCAAGAGACAACCCAGUCUUGGUCCCAAAAGGUGGAGGAUACCAAAAUAAAUAUCUCCACUCACAGUGGUCCUGCAGUAGAGAUCCCUUCUGGGUCAUUGGAAGGGACACAUGGUGGUGAAGGACUAUUCUCUAAAGAGACAUUGACUGAUACAAGUGAUUCCCCUAGAAUGUUUGCUCAGGACACUCUGUGUGCUCCUUUGCUCCAAAGAGCAGCCCUCAAGGUUACUUACGAAGGAAACUCCAGCAUUCAGUUAGAAGAUUUGGGUUCACGAGUAGAAUCUCUUAAGCUAUCUGAUUCUUACCUGGAUCCUAUCAAAAGUGAACAUGAUUGCUACCCCACCUCCAGCUUUAAUAAGGUUAUACCUGAAUUGGACCUUAGAAACUGUUUGUCCAUUGGUGGGUCAAUAUAUCCUACCUCAUUAAUAAAACUCCUCUUGGCAAGCUCUGAACAAGGAACGCUUGGUGCUAAACCAGAUAAUCAAGAGGUACUCAAAGCUACCCCAGAUCAACAGGCAAUUCCUGAUACAACCCCUGUCCUAGGACAGGCUUUUAGUGCUGUCCCACAUCAAUGGGAAGUUCCUGGUGCUAACCCAGUACACAGAGAGGCUCUGGAUGAGACUCCAGCCCCACCAGAGAUUCCUGGUGCUAUUCCAGUCCAAGGAGAGGUCUUUGGUGCUAUCCUAGACCAACAAAUCCUUGGGAUGGGUGGCGGUACUGCCUCAGACCCACCUAUCUUUGUUCCUGCUCCGCUAAACCCAAUUGCUACCUAUAGUGUUCUCCCAGAAUGGCCUGAGCCCCAGAGCACUGUUUCAUAUGGGCUCGAGGUCCAGGGAGCAAUGCAGAUUUUGCCUUUGGGCUCAGGUCACACUCCUCAGCCAUCAUUAAACUCUGAGAUAAGUUCGGUACCUCCUGUGAUGACUAUUAGCAAUAUAGAAAAUCAGAAGCAGGUUCAUAUAAGCUUUCUGCCAGCUAACACUCAGGCAUUCACCUUAGCCCCUGAGAGAGGACUCUUCCAUGCUUCACAGGGCAUUACCCAACUCUCCCAGGCUGGUCCCAGCAAAUUGGAAGGAGGGAGCUCCCAGAUCAGCGUGACCAGCAUGGUUGACAUCAAUACCACAGUGGUAUCUAGGCCAGGUUCAAUUGCCAGGGCCUCCCCUUCCUCCUAUACAACUUUGCUACCUACUUUGGAAAAGAAGAAACGAAAGCGGUGUGGGGUGUGUGGGCCCUGCCAGCAGAAGACCAAUUGUGGUGAAUGUACUUACUGUAAGAACAGAAAGAAUAGCCAUCAGAUCUGUAAGAAGAGGAAAUGUGAGGAACUGAAAAAGAAACCAUCCGUCAUUGUGCCUUCAGAGGUUAUAAAAGAAAACAAGAGGCCCCAGAGGGAAAAGAAGCCCAAAGUUUUAAAGGCAAAUUUUGACAACAAACCAGUAAAUGGCCCCAAGUCAGAAUCCAUGGAAUACAGUAAAUGCCAUGGGGACCAACAGAGAUUGGAAUUAAACCCACCUCCCCUUGAAAAUGUAACUAAAAAUGAAGAAAGUAUGACAGGUAUUGAAGUGGAGAAGUGGACGCAAAAUAAGAAAUCACAUUUAACCGAUCAUGUCAAAGGAGAAUUUAAGGCAAUUGUGACUGAAGCUGAAAAAUUGAAAAACUCUGAAGAUGACAAGAAGAAAGUCCUACUCACCGAGUUACCAGAACCUCAGAAAUUGUUUGCACAAACUGUAAGAAAUGGCAUUAAAAAUGUACACUAUUUACCAACCGAGUCCAACGUGUGUUUUAAAAAAUUCAGUAUUGAAGAAUUUGGCAAGGCAUUUGAAAACAACUCCUAUAAAUUCCUGAAAGACACUGCCAACCAUAAUGCCAUGAGCUCCAUUGCCACUAAUGCGAGCUGUGAUCAUCUCAAGGGGAGAAGUAAUGUUUCAGUCUUCCAGAAGCCCAGCUUUAACUGCAAGUCUAUCCCAGAUCCAGCAAAUUUCAACCUAAAUAGUCAUACUAGUACACACAAUGAAAGUGAUCAACCCAAAUCUCUAGAAAAUAUACCAAGUAAAGAAUCAAAAGAUGGAUCUCCAGUUCAACCAAGUCUUCUAUCCCUGAUGAAAGAUAGGAGAUUAACAUUGGAGCAAGUGGUGGCCAUAGAAGCUCUGACCCAACUAUCAGAAGCUCCAUCAGAAAAUUCUUCACCAUCAAAGUCUGAGAAGGAUGAAGAAACAGAGCACAGAACAGCGAGUUUGCUUAAUAGCUGUAAAGCUAUCCUUUAUUCGGUAAAAAAAGACCUUCAAGACCCAACCUUACAAGGGGAGCCAGAAAGCCUUCAUCACUAUCCAUCUUUGGAAAAGCAAAGCCCAUGCACCACGGUGGUAUUUAAUGGCCAAAAUAUUUCCAAGUCACACAACUCAGCUGCUAACCAAGCAUCUACAAAGUCACAGGAAUAUUCAAAAGUCACAAAUUCAGGAUCUCUUUUCAUACCAAAUCCAAAUUCGUCUAAAAUUGACACCAAUAAAAAUGUUGCUCAAGCUAGAAUUACCCUUGAGGGUUCUAAGAAUUUGCAUCAGUUGCCACCAACAAGUGAUAAAUUGGGGUAUUGUAACCAGCCACUGGCCAGCAGUAAACAGAUAGACUCAAAAGAUGAUCCAUCGUGUCAAGAUACAGUUCAUAGUAAAAUAGAGGAAGAUGUUGCAACACAGUUAACACAACUUGCAUCAAUAAUUAAAUUCAAUUAUAUAAAACAAGAGGACAAAAAGGCUGAAAGUACAUCAACAAAUCUUGUUGCAUAUAAUGUGCAGCAAAAAUGCAGUCAGGAGAAAAUCACAGUACAACAGAAACCACCUUCCAGUGUACAAAACAAUCAUAGCUCAUCAUUAACAAAGCACAAGAACACGACACAGAAAAAGACAAAAUCUACCCCAUCAAGAGAUCGGCGGAAAAAGAAGCCUGUAGUCCUAACUGGUCAAGAUAAUGACCAGAAAAAGAGGGAACAGCUGUCAUAUGAGUACAGUAAGUUACAUGACAUUUGGAUAGCAUCUAAAUUUCAAAGAUUUGGUCAAUUUGGUCCACAUGAUUUUCCCAUUCUGUUAGGAAAAAUUCCUCCCCUAACCAAAGUAUGGAAACCACUGACUCAAACGACUUCAGCAUUAGAACACAAAAAAUUAUUUCCUCCACUCACUCAGAUAAAAUUUGAGCGAUAUUAUCCCGAAUUAGCACAGGAAAAAACCAUGAAGGUUGAACCUUUGGAUUCUCUCCCAUUAUUCCAGUUAAAAACAGAAUCCAAUGGGCAGGCGUUUACAGAAAAAGUUUAUAAUUCUCAGGUACAGCCAUCCGUGAAUGUCAAUCAGAAAGCUCAUCCUUUACUCCAGGCCUCCUCUCCAACUAACCAGUGUGCUAAUGUAAUGGCUGGCGAAGACCAAACACAAUUCCAGCAGGAUGUUAAAGACCAAGUCAUGCAUCAGAGACUGCCGACAUUGCCUGGUAUCUCUCAUGAGACCCCCCUACCAGACCCAGCACAAAUUCUCAGGAAUGUAAAUGUAGUGUGUUCAGGUGGAAUUACAGUGGUUUCUACCAAAAGUGAAGAGGAUGUCUGUUCAUCCAGUGUUGGAGCAUCAGAACUUUCCCCAGUAGACAGUGCACAGAAAAGUUUUAAUGAUUAUGCCAUGAACUUCUUUACCAAUCCUACAAAAAACCUGGUGUCCACAACGAAAGAUUCUGAUUUGCCAACCUGCAACUGUCUUGAUCGAGUUAUACAAAAAGACAAAGGCCCAUAUUAUACACACCUUGGGGCAGGACCAAGUGUUGCUGCUAUCAGGGAAAUCAUGGAGAAUAGGUAUGGUCAAAAAGGAAACGCAAUAAGGAUAGAAAUUGUAGUGUACACGGGAAAAGAAGGAAAAAGCUCUCAUGGGUGUCCAAUUGCUAAGUGGGUUUUAAGAAGAGGCAGCGAUGAAGAAAAAGUUCUCUGUUUGGUUCGGCAGCGCACAGGCCACCAUUGUCCAACAGCUGUGAUGGUGGUCCUCAUCAUGGUGUGGGACGGCAUCCCUCUCCCCAUGGCCGACAGACUGUAUACAGAGCUCACUGAAAAUCUGAAGUCCUACAACGGUCAUCCCACAGACCGAAGAUGCACGCUCAAUGAAAAUCGUACCUGUACAUGUCAAGGAAUUGAUCCAGAGACUUGUGGAGCUUCCUUCUCUUUUGGUUGUUCCUGGAGUAUGUAUUUCAAUGGAUGUAAAUUUGGUAGAAGCCCAAGCCCUAGAAGAUUUAGAAUUGAUCCAAGCUCUCCCUUACACGAAAAAAACCUUGAAGAUAAUUUACAGAGUUUGGCUACACGAUUAGCUCCAAUUUAUAAGCAGUAUGCUCCAGUUGCUUACCAAAACCAGGUAGAAUAUGAACAUGUUGCCCGAGAAUGUCGGCUUGGCAGCAAAGAGGGUCGUCCUUUCUCUGGGGUCACUGCUUGCCUAGACUUCUGUGCCCAUCCCCACAGGGACAUUCACAACAUGAAUAAUGGAAGCACUGUGGUUUGUACUUUAACACGAGAGGAUAAUCGCUCCUUGGGGGUUAUUCCUCAAGAUGAGCAGCUGCAUGUGCUACCGCUCUACAAACUCUCAGACACAGAUGAGUUUGGCUCUAGUGAAGGAAUGGAAGCCAAGAUCAAAUCUGGGGCCAUCGAGGUGCUCACACCCCGCCGUAAAAAAAGAACACGUUUCACUCAGCCUGUUCCUCGUUCUGGGAAGAAAAGGGCAGCAAUGAUGACAGAAGUUCUUGCACAUAAGAUAAGAGCUGUGGAGAAGAAAUUCAUUCCUCGAAUCAAGCGGAAGAAUAACUCGACCACAAACAAUAGCAAGGUUUCAUCGCUGUCGCUUUUAGGGAAUAAAACCGAAGCCUUGCACCUUGAAAUAAAAAAUGAAACUGAACCCCAUUUUAUCUUCAAAGGUUCGGACAACACUAAAACCUACUCAUUGACCCCAUCCAUUCCUCACACAUGGAAAGAGGCUAACAUACCUCCAAGUCUCUCCUGGUCCCCUAAGACUGUGUCGGCCACAACAGCUCCUUUUAAGAACGAUGUGUCGUCAGUUUCGUACGGGUUUUCAGAAAGAAGUAGCAAUCCUCACUGCACAAUGCCUUCUGCGAGACACGGUGGUGCUAAUGCAGCUGCGGGGGAAGGCGCUGGAAUUGCACAGCCUGGUGAAGUGGUUCCUCUUCCCACCUUGUCUACUCCCAUGCCAGAUUCCUUGGUUUAUUCUGAGCCUCCCACUGGUCCAUCUGAACAGCUAUCUUCUAAUCAUCCAAACCAGCAACCCCCAUUCACCGCCUCUCCUCAUGACCUUGCGUCCUCUCUGGUGGAAGAAGAUGAGCCACACUCUGAAGCAGAUGAGCCUCUCUCAGAUGAUCCCCUCUCAGAUGACCCCCUGUCACCUGCUGAGGAGAAAUUGCCCCACAUUGAUGAGUACUGGUCAGACAGUGAGCACAUCUUCUUGGAUGCCAACAUUGGUGGGGUGGCUAUCGCGCCUGCUCAUGGCUCCGUUUUGAUCGAGUGUGCCCGGCGAGAGCUUCACGCGACGACUCCUGUCGAACACCCAAACCGGAAUCAUCCCACACGCCUCUCCCUUGUCUUCUACCAGCACAAAAACCUGAAUAAGCCCCAACAUGGUUUUGAACUAAACAAAAUGAAGUUUGAGGCUAAAGAAGCUAAGAAUAAGAAAACUAAGGCCUCAGAGCAGAAAGACCAGGCAGCUAAUGAGGGUCCUGAACUGUCCCCUGAAGUUAAUGAAUUGAACCAAAUUCCUUCUCAUAAAGCAUUAACAUUAACCCAUGACAAUAUUGUCACAGUGUCCCCCUAUGCUCUCACACAUGUUGCAGGGCCCUAUAACCAUUGGGUCUGA